UCCGCCUCGGUAAGGGUGUGUAGAUCCUAGCUCGCGCUGGAACACGGGAACAGCGAAUAGAUACAGUAUUCUUACAUAUUAAAAAAAAACAUAAAAAGAAACGGAUGUGCCUCCGAAAACGAAACGGAUACCGUCCUCCUGACAAUUUUAAUGCAAAAAUUGAGAGGUCCGUGGCCAAAGGGGGGAUGACAUGCGUGUUCCCAGGCUGUUAACAUCGCUGAGGAUUAUAAGACUAUUAGACUGCCAAGAGCUGUCAAGCCAUGAUGGACAUACUGUACACAGGCCCUAUCCCGGCAGACGGCGAGUCUCCCGUGGCUGUCAGCGAGAUGCCGCCCAGCCGGGCUCGACGGCAGACCAACACACAGAGACCGAACACAUGCUGCUUCUGCUGGUGUUGCUGCUGUAGCUGCUCAUGUCUCACCGUUAGGAAUGAAGAGGACAGAGGUAGGAAAUCCCUGGAGACGCAUCUGGAGACCUUUCAAAACUGUGAAGAUUGCACCAAACCAACAUUAGAUGAGAUAAGUGUCUGGGCUCAGUCGUUCGAUAAGCUGAUGAAGAAUCCUGCAGGUCGGAACGUGUUCAGGGAGUUCUUAAGGACUGAGUACAGCGAGGAGAACAUGUUGUUCUGGCUGGCCUGUGAAGACCUCAAACAGGAGAUGAACAAGAACACAGUAGAGGAGAAGGCACGCAUGAUCUACGAGGACUACAUCUCUAUCCUGUCCCCCAAAGAGGUGAGUCUGGACUCCCGGGUGAGAGAGGUGAUUAACAGGAAGAUACAGGAGCCUACGCCCCACACCUUUGAGGACGCCCAGCUUCAGAUCUAUACCUUAAUGCACAGAGACUCAUAUCCUCGCUUCCUCAACUCGUCUAUAUACAGAUCACUGGUUCACCAUGGCUCCCACACCUCCUCAGAGUCCUAGGUUCACAACAUUUCACUCACUCACACGCACUCCUCGCUCUCUCUCUCUCUCUCUCUCUCCCUCUCAGACUCCUCUCUCCCUCUCCCUCACAUUCAUCUCUCUCUCUCUCUCUCUCUCUCUCUCUCUCUCUCUCUCUCUCCCUCAGACUCCCCUCUCCCUCUCCCUCACAUUCAUCUAUCUCUCUCCCUCUCCCUCACAUUCAUCUCUCUCUCUCUCUCUCUCUCCCUCAGACUCCUCUCUCCCUCUCCCUCACAUUCAUCUAUCUCUCUCUCUCUCCCUCUCCCUCACAUUCAUCUCUCUCUCUCUCUCUCUCUCCCUCAGACUCCUCUCUCCCUCUCCCUCACAUUCAUCUAUCUCUCUCUCUCUCUCUCUCUCUCUCUCUCUCUCUCUCUCUCUCUCUCUCUCUCUCUCUCUCUCUCUCAUCCCCUCUGCUCUGUCUCUCUCCAUUCCAUAACCACUUAAGGAGAAAAUAUCCUUUUGGGGAUUUUUAUAAUGUUUGUUUUGUGAUUUUUUUCUCUAUGAUGCUUUUUUGUUGCCCAACCCUUUCACUUUUUCUAUUAAUUAUUUUUUAAUGAACUUCAUCAUGUCACCUUAGGGACUUCCUGUUCCCUAAUGUUGUUCACUACCCACAUAGGGCUUUGGUCAAAAGUAGUGCACUAUAUAGGGAAUAGGGUGCCAUUUUGACAAGUCAAGGUAACUGGAAGACGGAGACAUUAUUUAUGUUGGAUAUCGUUCAUACUGUUCGUGGUGACAGCUGUUACUCACAUUAUUUAUGUGGGAUAUCGUUCAUACUGUUCGUGGUGACAGCUGUUACUCACAUUAUUUAUGUGGGAUAUCGUUCAUACUGUUCGUGGUGACAGCUGUUACUCACAUUAUUUAUGUGGGAUAUCGUUCAUACUGUUCGUGGUGACAGCUGUUACUCACAUUAUUUAUGUGGGAUAUCGUUCAUACUGUUCGUGGUGACAGCUGUUACUCACAUUAUUUAUGUGGGAUAUCGUUCAUACUGUUCGUGGUGACAGCUGUUACUCACAUUAUUUAUGUGGGAUAUCGUUCAUACUGUUCGUGGUGACAGCUGUUACUCACAUUAUUUAUGUCGGAUAUCGUUCAUACUGUUCGUGGUGACAGCUGUUACUCACAUUAUUUAUGUCGGAUAUCGUUCAUACUGUUCGUGGUGACAGCUGUUACUCACAUUUACACACAGCAAUCUGCUUUGUUCCAAAUGACAUGCAGCAUGUUUUACUUUCUCCUGACAAAACGUCCUGAUUUGAAGGUAAAAGAAACCUCGGCAAUAAAGACACUGGUGACUUUCUAACGUCCACACAACGUUCACACCACGUUAAAGACACAACGUUCACACAACGUUAGAGACACCACGUUAAAGACACAACGUUCACACAACGUUAAAGACACAACGUUCCCACCACGUUAAAGACACAACGUUCACGACCCUGACCCCAUCCCCUCUGCCGGACCCCCUGGACACUGCUGCUGUACUACGCUUCUGACCUUUGACCUGUCUACUGUCUCCCUCACCUCACUGCUGUGAUUGGCUAUCAGAGGCAUCGGGAUGAGCUGUGGUUGGUCGAUUGAUCAGGGGGGGGGCUAAGAGAUUUUCCAUCCCAGGUGCAAAAAAAAAAAAAAGACUCACAAUAAAAAAUUAAAAAACAUACAAAAGUCUGUUAACAGUUAAACAACUGUUUCAUGGGAAAUGGAGUUUGAGGACAACACUUGUCUGUAGUUAGAAGACUGAAGAUGAUGCCUAGGUCUUUACUAGACUUGUUGUCACUCAAAAUGCUUUAAACUUAGUAUUAUUAAUGUUAUUUAUUUUAUAUUUUGUUAAACUGUGAUAAUGAUUUCAUUGUACAUAUAUAAACAGAAACCCUUUGACCAUCAA